AUGUCAGAUUGGAAAGUUGAUCCAGAUACCCGUAGACGUCUGUUGCAACUACAAAAAAUCGGUGCAAACAAGAAAUGUGUUGAUUGUCAUGCCCCAAACCCGCAAUGGGCCUCCCCAAAAUUUGGUGUCUUUAUCUGUUUAGAAUGUGCUGGAACCCAUAGAAGUCUUGGUGUUCAUAUUUCCUUUGUAAGGUCGAUCACUAUGGAUCAGUUUAAACCAGAAGAAUUGGAAAGAAUGGAAAAGGGUGGUAACCAAAACUUUAAUGAUUAUAUGUCAUUACAUGGUAUAGAUCUGUCUCUACCCCAGAAAAUCAAAUAUGAUAAUCCUAUUGCUGAAGAUUACAAACAAAAAUUAACUUGUGAAGUGGAAGGCACUGACUUUGUUGAACCUGAACAUCCAGGUUUCGAUCCAUCCACACUAGCUACUCAAGGAGCAAAGCCUCAAGUGAACGACAAUAUACCAUUAGAGAACCGUCGUUCCACUACCCCAAAGAUUUCAGAUGAUCAGAAAGAAAAGAAUGAGGCCUAUUUUUCUAAACUAGGUGAGAAGAAUCAAUCAAGACCUGAUCACUUACCUCCCUCUAAGGGUGGUAAGUACCAAGGUUUUGGUAGUACUCCUAUCAAUCCAACAGCUAACAAAUCAGCAAGCAAUUCUCAAGCAAAUUUGAAUUCGAAUACUUUAAGUUUAGAAAAUCUCCAAAACGAUCCUCUAGGGACUUUGACAAGAGGAUGGGGACUUUUCUCCUCUGCAGUUACUAAGUCAUUAGAUGACGUUAAUGAGACUGUCAUUAAACCUGGCUACCAACAAUGGCAAUCUGGUGAAUUAUCGGAAGAAACUAAAAGAGCUGCAAGUCAGUUUGGACAAAAGUUUCAAGAGACAAGUACUUAUGGAUAUCAAGCCAUUCAACAAUUCACGAAGAAUUUACAAGAUCAAUAUGUUGUGGACCAACAGAAUCCCAAUGCUGAAUAUACGAGACUCGAUGCUGACGGAAAUAAUGAACCUUCUUCAGAACAAAAUUAUCAACCAACCAAUACUAAAUCUAAGAAGAACGAUGACGAGUGGGAUGAUUUUUAA